CAGAUACCUCGAACACUGUUAGCUUUGUCAUCUCUCAGAUUACCAGCAGGGAUAUUUCCACCUGUGUUCAAGCUUUAGCACAAAUUGAUGAGGUGUUGAAGGAUCAAGACAAGGUGGCUGUUAUGGAGGAUCAUGUAGAACAGUUACUUGUAGCAAUGUCAAUGCAGUUUAAAAUGGCCUACUCUACGCACAUGGGAGACGAGGAUACUGCUAAAGAAGAUGUGAUACGGUUAUACAGAUGUUUACUUGGAACUCUUCUCUCAUUGUUCAUGAAUUCAUUUCUUGCCACCCAUGCCUCUAAAGAUAUCCUGAAGGAGUUGAUAUAUAAUCUUGUCACAAUGCUACUGGACAAUAGGUUGAUGGAAUUAGAGGAAGGUCCGCAAGUUGUACGAUCAGUCAACGUGCUUGUUGUGAAAAUAGUGGAGAAGUCAGAUCAGACUAAUGUUUUAUGUGCCCUGAUCCGACUUCUUCAAGACUGUGUAGAUAGUCAAACCUGUAGCAAAAAAUUUAUUGAACUUAUCAUGAAGUGCCUUUGGAAAAUAGUUCGCAUGUUACCAGAAACAAUCAAAGAGUUAAAUCUGGAUAGAGUGCUAUACGAUAUUCACAUGUUUCUUCGCACUUUCCCAUCUCAUACGUGGAAGGAACGUGGAGAUGACCUGCCAUUACGUACUACCAAAACUAUCCUACAUUCCAUGACCAAAUUGAAAGGUUCAAAGAUUCUAAGUCACUUGGGUCAGAUAGAUGCCGGUGAAGUGUCGGAGGUGAAAACAUACAUUCAGAAGGUCCUCAAGAACGAGGGUAAUUUACCUGUCGAGGGUGAGGUUAAUGGAAUGACGGAGGACAAUAAAACUUCCAGGAGCGCUUCCAAAUCAAAACGGUUGUCUAAAACUACACAUGAUAUGCUCACUGAGAUAUUUAAGAAGGUUGGUUCAAAAGAGAACACAAAACAGGGCAUGAGAGAUUUGUACGACUUCAAAAUGAAAUUCCCUGAUGCCGAUAUAGAGCCAUUCUUGAAGAAAUGUUCCCACUUUUUCCAAAAUUACAUCGAAAGAGGUUUAAAAACUAUCGAGAAUGAGGAGAGAGAGCAGUCAGAAGGAAAAAUAGAUGGUGGAACAAGAGUCACAGAUGAUGGUAGUGAUGGUGAUUACUAUUUAGAAAGAACAGCCAAAAUCAGUAAAGAAAAACUAGGUAUCGACCCAGCUACCAAGUCUAGUGUACAAACUGAGUCCACAGAUCCAAAAUAUUACAUGGAGAAAUUACGGCAACUACGCGCAAAGUGUGGGCUGGAAGAACCAGAUACUGUUAAGAGUGUCCCAGAGAAGCAAGAAGAUGACAUAUCUCCUGAACUGUCUCCUACAAGAGACACCGAAGAUGAACCAGAUAAUAGCAAUGAAGAUGACAGCAAUAAACAGCCAGCAGUUUCACAGUCUAACCUAGCAAAUGUUUCACAACUGAAAGCACGCCUAGAAAAGAUCAAAAUGAUGGCCAAAAGCUGAAACUCUUACUUAAUCUAAUAGACAUGUGAUACCUCACUUAGAGCACUGUUGGACUUUGUGAACCUUCGGGUACGAUGAAGAAAUGUUUUCCUGGACUGAGAUUAGAGACAUUUUACUGUAACUCU